AUGGAGGACAAGAAAGAAAACCUUCCAAAGGUACUGGACCCGCAGAGUGGACAGGAUGUCCAGCACAUAGAGGAGAACCUCAAGUUGUCGGUGGCAGGCAAAAUCAACCAAGGAGAAGAUAGUGAACUAUAUCUCGAAGCAAUUCAGAGAUAUCCUAAUGAUGAGGCCAUCGAUAAAGAGGCAGAAAGGAGGUUGAAACGCAAGCUUGACCUGCACCUCAUUCCACUUCUUGGCAUAUGCUACUUCUUUUAUUAUGUCGACAAGACGACACUUUCCUACGCAGCAAUCUUUGGCAUCAAAGAGGACCUCCAUCUAUCCGGUACAGAAUACUCGUGGUUGUCAAGUAUCUUUUAUUUUGGAUGGUUAGUUUGGGCAAUCCCGUCUAACCUCCUCAUGCAACGGAGCCGGAUGGCUUGGUAUCUCGCCUUCAAUAUCUUCAUGUGGGGCGUGCUUCUUAUGUGCGAGGCUGCAUCGCAGAACUUCGGCGCACUUGCGGCACUCCGGAUCAUUUCUGGCGCGUUUGAGGCGAUUGCUGAUCCUGCGUUUAUGCUUGUCGUCUCCACAUACUACACCCGUGCCGAGCAACCUUGGCGUAUCUCGGCAUACUAUUUAUGGAAUGGUAUCGGUGUCGCCGGCGGCGGUCUUAUUGGUUAUGGAAUCGGCAAUAUCAAAGGUGGUCUUCAAUCCUGGCGCUACGAAUUUCUCAUUAUCGGCGCUGUUUGCGCUGCCUGGGGAAUUGCACUGGGUCUGCUGUUGCCUAACUCGCCAGCAACAUUCUGGGGCUUCAGUCGUGAUGAGAAGCUCAUGAUGAUUGCACGACUGCGAUCAAAUCAGACCGGUAUCGAGGGACGGAAGGUUAACUGGGGUCAAGUCAAAGAGGCAUAUCUUGAUUAUAAGACUUGGCUAUUCACCAUCUUAGGCUUUGUUGCCAACAUUCCAAACGGCGGAAUAUCCAACUUUUCCACUUUGGUCAUCCAAGGCCUCGGAUUCGAUACACUCAAUACGGCACUUCUUGGUAUACCCCAGGGAGUAAUCGUGGUCAUUUGGAUUGUGCUUGGAGCAUAUGCCAACCAAUACAUGCCGAAGAAUAGCCGUACCUUAGUCUGCGCACUGUUCAUGAUCCCGACUAUUGCGGGCGCCCUCGGCUUCUUGCUUGCCCCCCAUAAUGCAUACGUCGGCCGACUGAUCUGCUUCUAUCUCACUGGGUCUUAUCAAGCUUCCUUCGUGAUAUCUCUUUCCCUUAUUACCUCCAACACUGGUGGACAGUCGAAGAAAAUGAUUGUAUCCGGUAUGAUAUGGUUUGGAGCAUGCAUAGGCAACAUUGCUAGUCCCUUCUUUUACAAAUCUGAGCAAGCGCCGGCAUACCCCCUGGGGAUUGGCUCUCUGCUGGUUGCCAACUGCCUUGAGCUCAUGCUUUUCUUUGUGCUUCGCUACGUUUUUAUCUGGGAGAACCGACGGAAGCAGGAGAUGCGCGACGAAUUGCGGGAGAGAGGGGGCGAGGCUGAACUUAUGGCUGAUUCCACGGCCUUUGCUGAUCUGACUGAUAAACAAAACCCGAAUUUCGAGUACGUAUAUUGA